AUGAUGACGAGAAGCGAUGAGUCCCGAGUGCGGCGAGGUGGGUUUAGUCGCGGAGUUUCGGUGUUGGAACAGAGUGCUGUUGCUGUGGACGAUAGUCGGGCGGCGCAUUGGUUCCUGGCGGCUCAUACGUUGGCGCUAAGUUGUAUGGCCCUGGCAGCGCCCUUUGUGCGUCGCGCGAUGGUUCCGGGACAUACAGGUCCUGACUUUGUCUGGGGCCUUUAUGAGGAGCGAGACCCUGGCAAGACCGGUGGACCACGCGACGUAGUACCCGCCCACUACUACCUCUUCUACGCAGCCGCCGCCUUCGCAGCACUCACGCUCCUCCUUAGCGUCGUUUGGACCUGCGCACGCGCUGAUGCAGACCAAGAACUCACCCCCAGACCCGUCUCCACACGCACCUCGAUCGACGACGACAUUGCCGAAGAAAUCUUCCUCGACCGAGACCUCAACGCCAUCCGCCGAAGACGCCUGCCCUACUAA